UUUUGGCUUUGGGUCGUUUUGUGGCGUUGAUCGGUCCGCCCGCUUCCGCCUGCUGCUGCGAGAACGACGAGCAGCAUGACGUGGCCCUGCAGCAAGUGCGACUACACAUCCAACGAAGACGGCGUCGACACGUGCGUCGCCUGCGGGACGCUGCACACGUCCCGCACCAACACAUCCUCGAUGCGCACGCUCUCGUCGGUCUCCACGUCGGCGUCGCACGCCGAGAGCGACGUGGCGACAACGGUCAUCAUUGAGCUGCCGGCCAAGCAAAAGCUCGGCGUGAAGCUCAUGCCGCCCAAGACAGGCGUCAUCGAGCACGGCCUGAGCAUUGACAACAUUGACAAUCCGCUCUUGGACACCAAGGUCGCACCCGGCGACCUCAUUGUCGCGAUCGGUGGCACGGACGUCGACGGCCUCGGCUUCUCGGAGGCCAUCGAGCUCAUCCGCAAGAUGCCACGGCCGCUCGCGAUUACGUUUGAAAUCGUGCUCUCGCGCCGCGAGAACGCCCACAAGAAGAAGCAGCGCGAAGAGCUCGACUCGACGCUCGGUGAGACCGAGCUCCCGACGUACGCGGUCGUGUUUGAAGAAGGCCCGAUGGGCCUUAACCUCGAAGAAGCCACGCGGUAUGGCAUCGACGGCGCGGUCGUCAAGGCCGUCAAGGGCCAAGCCAAGUCGAACGGGCUCAUCUCGAUUGGCGACAUUGUGUGCAAGGUCAACGAGACCGACGUGCUCUGCAUGCACUACAACGAAGUCAUGAACGUCAUCCGCAAGACGCCGCCGCCCCGGACGCUGCAAUUCGUGCCCAAAGACAAGCUGCCCGACGUCCAGCGCGUCAACUCGCGCAACUCGGAGGCCGCGCUCAAGCCGCGUCCGUCCGAGAUGCCCAUGUCCAAGUUUGCGCAGAGCUCGCGCAUUGUCAAGGCCGAAGACGACGAGAACAAGUCGAUCCAAGAACUGAUUCGCGAAAACAAGACGGCGACGAUCAAGAAAGGGCGCAUGUACAAGCAGUCGCGCGUCCUGAAGCAGUGGAAGGCCCGGUAUUUUGUGCUCAGUGUCUCGAAGCUCGAGUAUUUCAAGAGCCCGUCGUCGACGUCGUCGCGCGGCGAGCUCGAGUUUCUGCACCACCGCUGCACGGUCCGGAGUCUUCCGUCCUCGACCGACAUGGUGUCCAAAGCGCCGGCGAUCCCGGCAUCGUUCCUCCUCGAAGUCCGCGCCGACGAGAAGCGGCUCGUCAUGGCGUGUGCGUCCGAGUCGGAGAAGAAGGCGUGGAUGGACGCGCUCAAGCUCGCGAUCGACGCCUCGCGCACGAUCUUUGCGUCGCGCACGGCGUUUACCAGUGGCGACGGCACCGGCCGCCUCUCGCAGUUCGACUACGACUCGUUCCCGACACCCGUGCUGCACGUCUCGGUCAUCUCGGCCACGAACCUCGCGAAACCUGGCGCGACCGUCAACGCCAUGUGUGAGAUUACGCUGAACGCCGAGACGUUUACGACCAUGGUCAUCAAAGGCCAGCGGUCGCCCGAGUGGCGACAGGACAAUACCGUCACGUUUGAAGCCACGAGCGACGAGAGCGUUCUCGAGAUUCGCGUGUACGACGAGCACGGCUUCUUCAAGUCCUCGGAGCUCCUCUCGACGCUCCAAGUGCCGCUCAAGACGCUGCCCAACAUGGAGAAGACGUUCAAGGAGUACCCGCUCGUGCUCGGCAGCCGCACGUCCGGCGCCGUCCUCACGCUAGCCUUCGAGUACGUCAACAAGGCCAAGGAAUACCAGGAGCGUGUCCGCGGCAGCCGCCGCAACACGCUCUUGAACGACCGCGAAGAGAUGCUCAAGAUCAAGUCGGACGCGCAGCACGCGGCCGACGAGGCCGAGAAGCGUGCGCGCCGCGCCGAAGAAGAAGCCAAAGCGUACCUCAACGAAGCGCAGCUCAAGGCCGAGCGGGCGAUGGAAGCGGCCCGCGCCGAACGGGAAGAGGGCAAGGCCGCGGUCGAAGCCGCGAUGGCCGAAGCGGAGAUGGCCAAGCAGUUUGCGGAAAAGCAAGCUGCGGAAGCCAAGCGCGCGCAAGAGGAAGCCCAGGCGCUCAUUGAAGCCAACCGACGCAUCCAGGAACAGUCGAACGACCUCCCGGGCAUGCAGUACUCGGAGGCUUUUAUGCAGUACCGCAAGAUGCUCCUCGAUGGCAAGAAGGAGGAGGUUGUCCGCGACGUCAUGAAGAAGGACGGCGUCGAAGACCGGUCCAUCGAUGCGUUCUUUUCCGAAAUGAAGGCGCUCGACCUCAAGAUCAAGGAGCUCCAAGCCGAGGUCGAGAAGCUCAAGAGCGGCCGGGGCGGGCCCGCGAAGGACGAGCCCAAGUCGUUUGACAUGAGCAACAUCUCGAGCGACCAAGCGCUGCUUCUGCGCCGCCUCCUCAAGCUCGAGAAGCAGCUGCAGCAGGCCGGUAUCGCGAUCGCCGACGACAUUCCGUACGAAGAAGCCAAGGUCAAGGUCGAGACCAUCUCGCGUCGCAUGGGCGAAAUCGGGUCGGCCGACGUGACGCAUCCGGAUCCGAAGGUCCAAAAGCAGCUCCGCGAAGAGUACUACAAGCUCGAGCAAGACAUGGAGAAGUACAACACGGCGCUCAUGCUCACGGACGAGUACGCGGCCGAGCAAGCCCGGAAGGAGCGCGAGUGGGAGGAAGAAAACGCCGAAGCCAACGCGCUCGCGGUCAAAGCGAUCCGCCGCAUGAUGCCGGUCGAUGUCGCGUCGCGCUCGGAGGCGCAGCUCCAAGAGGAGCUCACGCCCAACGGCAAGCGCCUCACGCGCGAAGUCGCGCUCAAGUUUAAGCGCACCAACAUCCUCCAGAUUCUGCGCACGAGUCCGCAAGACUUGGCGAAAGCGCACCCGAGCGUGCUUGAGAACCUCCGCGUGACGGGUCUCACCGUCACGGAGCGGCGCGCGGUGCACAUGCACUUGCGGGACGUGGCCGCUGGCUGGGAAGGCCAGAAGGGCGAAGAGAUGGCCGCGCGCCGGUAUGCGUUCUUCAAGACGCUCAAGGAGACGUUCAAGACAGUCGUCAACUCGUACAACCGUCACGUCGCGCAGUACGGCCCGCCCGGCAACCACCCGUAUGCGACGCGGGACAACCCGGACAUUGGCUGCCCGCUGCUCGGGAAGCAGUGCCCGUUGAAAGCCGACGCGGCCCCGGCCUACAUUAUCGACCUCGGGUAUCCAACCGAAGACGUGUACAUCGAGUCGACGGUGCAAAAGUCGUCGGCCGACGACGCCGGUGCACAGGCGCUGGCCGAGGCGAAGCGAUUGGCCCAAGAAAAGACGGCGAACGUGCGCUCGGAAGGGCUCAAGCAGCACUACAAGAACAAGAUUCGGCUCGUCGCCGAUGCCAACGGCGCGUGCGAGAAGCUCGAUGCGGAGAUUGACCACAUGGAGACGCAGCAAGCGCACUGGAUCAAGACACGCCUUUCGCACGACAAGAGCAAUACGACGUCGCCGACCACGAUCAAGGUCGAACUGGCCGACUUUAUGACGCUCGUCAACCAAGUGCGCUUGUCGUCCGUCUACUUUGCCGAACGCUCGGGCAUGAACCUCACGGGGAAGCGCGACCCGGCCAACGACACGGCGGAUUCGCGGUCCGCGAUCGAGUGCGGCCUCGCGGUGGUCUUUUGCGACGCAGUCGUCGACUGCUUUGCCGGCAUUGAGCACCGCCUCGAGAAGCUCAAGAUCCAGGAAAAACGCCUCCAGAGUACCGUGCCUGCGACGCGCGAGCUCGUGGCCGAGCUCAAGGAGCGCAGCAACGCGACGAUGGCGAAAUUGCCGUCGAUGAAGGCCGCCACGCGCCGUCUGAAACCCCGCGCCGACAUUGAAAAGGAGAUCAAGGAGCAAAUGGCGUCCGAGGGCGGUGGUAGCGCAGCGGCUGCACCCGCAGCCGAGCCCGAGCGGCCACCCAACCCGAUGAUGGCGGCGCUCGCCGGCGGUCGUGGCGGUGGCCGGGGCCGUGGUCGGGGCCGAGGCGGCAACCCGUUGAUGGCGGCGAUUGCCGGUCGCGGCAAGAAGGGUGACGACGACGAUGACGCACCGCCCGCACGGCCAAACCCGUUUGGCGGUGGCCGGGGCGGCGGCAACCCGUUGAUGGCAGCGAUUCAGGCGCGCGGCAAGAAGGGCGACGACGAGGAUGACGCGCCAGCGGGCGGUGGCGGCCGCGGUGACUUUCUCUCGGCCAUCCGAGGACGCGGCGGCGGUCGCGGCGGUCGGGGCGGCAUGCCGGGUGGCGGCGACUUUCUCUCGGCGAUCAAGAACCGCAAGAAGGCCGAGGACGACGACUAGCGUGUAUGUAGGUAGUGGAUUAACUAAACUAAAUAGCAGCAUAUACACCGUG